CAUUCCACUCAUGCACAUUGUGGCUGCACGCGGACAGCGCGUUUCACCGUGCGGGCAUACAUCCACAAAGCCAAGCCGAGUCACUCAUGUCUUCGUUUCCCCUCCCGGAAGGUUUCAGUUUUGAGUUGAUCCAUUCUGUUAUCGUUGCUUGACGGUUAAAGGAGGGCAAAAAAUACAUCAAUAUGUUUUCGCAGUGGAGUUAUGUAAGACGGCGCCUUUUUUGCACUAACGUGUGGACCUGCUUCCUUUGCCUGGUUAUACUCAGGACAUUUGGCAUUCCCGAUAAUGAAGUGAAUUUAUUGGAUUCCCGAUCAGUAAUGGGGGACCUGGGAUGGAUCGCCUAUCCUAAGAACGGGUGGGAAGAGAUCGGGGAAGUUGACGAAAACUACGCUCCCAUUCACACGUACCAAGUGUGCAAGGUGAUGGAGCACAACCAGAACAACUGGCUCCAGACCAACUGGAUCCUCAACGAAGGGGCGCAGCGGGUCUUCGUGGAGCUCAAGUUCACCCUGCGGGACUGCAACAGCCUGCCCGGGGGCCUGGGGACCUGCAAGGAGACCUUCAACGUCCACUACUACGAAUCGGACGACGAGGAAGGCCGGAACGUCCGGGAGAGCCAGUACACCAAGAUCGACACCAUAGCGGCGGACGAGAGCUUCACCGAGCUGGACCUGGGGGACAGGGUGAUGAAGCUCAACACCGAGGUGAGGGACGUGGGCCCCCUGACCAAGAAGGGCUUCUACCUGGCCUUCCAGGAUGUGGGCGCCUGCAUCGCCCUGGUGUCCGUGCGGGUGUUUUACAAGAAGUGCCCCGCGGCUGUCAGGAACCUGGCCCUUUUCCCGGAUACCGUAACCGGGGCCGACUCCUCCCAGCUGCUGGAGGUCUCGGGCACCUGCGUCAACAGCUCCGUGGCGGAAGACCUUCCCAGGAUGCAUUGCAGUGCAGAAGGGGAGUGGCUGGUUCCCAUUGGGAAGUGCAUGUGUCAGGCAGGCUACGAGGAAGUGAACGACACCUGUCAGGUGUGCAAACCUGGAUUCUUCAGAUCAUCUAUUCAGAGUCUAAGCUGCAGCAAGUGCCCUCCGUACAGCUACACCAAACUAGAAGCCUCAACGUCCUGCCAGUGUGAGGACAGCUACUAUCGGAGGGACACGGAUCCUCCCAACAUGGCAUGCACAAAGCCUCCCUCCGCCCCGCGGAACGCCAUCUCCAACGUGAACGAGACCAGCGUGCUCCUGGAGUGGGCGGCGCCCGAGGUGACGGGCGGCAGGAAGGACGUGAGCUACAACAUCCUGUGCAGGAAGGUGGCGGCGGACUCCGGGCGGUACGAGGAGUGCGGGGGCCAGGUGCGCUACCUGCCCCGGCAGAGGGGCCUCCGCAACAGCACCGUCAUGGUGGCCGACCUCCUGGCCCACACCAACUACACCUUCGUGGUGGAGGCCGUCAAUGGCGUCUCUGACCUCGCCGCCCUCCUGCGCCCGUCCGUUUCUCUCAAUGUCACCACUAACCAGGCCGCUCCGUCACCAAUCAGUGUUGUUAGGAAAGGGAAGACGGCAAAAAACAGCAUCAAUGUGUCAUGGCAAGAACCAGACCGGCCGAACGGCAUCAUACUGGAAUACGAGAUUAAAUAUUUUGAAAAGGACCAGGAGACGAGCUACACCAUUAUCAAGUCAAAGGAGACGCGGAUCGUCGCCGACGGCCUGAAGCCGUCCUCCGUGUACGUGUUUCAGAUCAGGGCCCGCACCUCCGCGGGCUACGGGGGCUUCAGUCGCCGCUUUGAGUUUGAAACCGGCCCCUUCUUAGCUGCAUCCAGUGACCAGAGCCAGGUCCCCAUCGUUGCUGUGUCCAUCAUUGUGGGAGUCAUCCUGCUGGCCCUCGUCACUGGGUUCCUGCUCAGCGGACGGCGCUGUGGCUACAGCAAGGCUAAGCAGGAUCCUGAUGAGGAAAAGAUGCACUUUCACAACGGGCACAUAAAAUUCUCGGGGAUACGCACGUACAUUGACCCCCACACCUAUGAAGACCCAAACCAAGCCGUGCACGAGUUUGCGAAGGAGAUCGACGUGUCCUGCAUCUCGAUCGAGAGGGUGAUAGGAGCUGGUGAGUUUGGAGAGGUAUGCAGCGGGCCUCUUAAACUGCCAGGCAAGAGGGAGAUCUUGGUGGCCAUUAAGACUCUGAAAGCGGGCUACACGGAGAAGCAGAGGCGGGAGUUCCUCGGGGAGGCCAGCAUCAUGGGUCAGUUCGAUCACCCCAACAUCAUCCACCUGGAAGGCGUGGUGACUAAAAGUAAACCUGUGAUGAUAAUAACAGAAUAUAUGGAAAAUGGAUCUCUUGACACGUUUUUGAAGAAGAAUGACGGGCAGUUCACGGUGAUCCAGCUGGUGGGCAUGUUGAGGGGCAUCGCCUCUGGAAUGCGCUACCUCUCAGACAUGGGCUACGUGCACCGCGACCUCGCCGCCCGAAACAUUUUGGUCAACAGCAACCUGGUUUGCAAGGUGUCGGACUUUGGCCUGUCCAGAGUCCUGGAGGAUGACCCGGAGGCCGCCUAUACUACAAGGGGGGGGAAGAUCCCGAUCAGGUGGACCGCGCCCGAGGCCAUCUCCUUCCGGAAGUUCACGUCCGCCAGCGAUGUGUGGAGCUACGGCAUCGUCAUGUGGGAAGUGAUGUCGUACGGCGAGAGGCCGUACUGGGAAAUGAGCAAUCAGGACGUGAUCAAGGCGGUGGAGGACAGCUACCGCCUGCCCGGGCCAAUGGACUGCCCCUCCGCUCUCUACCAGCUCAUGACCGACUGCUGGCAGAAGGACCGCAACAGCAGGCCCAAGUUUGAGGAGAUCGUCUGCCUGCUCGACAAGCUCAUCCGGAACCCCAGCAGCUUGAAAACCCUCAUAAACUCCUCCAAAAGGGUCUCCAAUUUAUUAGUGGAGUACGGGGCCAUAGAAAGCACCGUCUACCGAUCCGUGGGAGAGUGGCUGGAAGCCAUAAAGAUGGGCCGAUACACAGAGCUGUUCGCGGACAGCGGGUACACUACUCUGGAAGUGGUGACUCAGAUGACCUCGGAGUAAGUUUAUUUAGUUAACCCCAGAAAAACCUUCCCCAGUGUAUGGUUUCCUCAAAAAAUCAGGUAGGAGUUUACAUCCACCUUAACUGAAACAAUGUUGGUGUGAGUGACUGAACUACUUUCAGACUAAAAGGAAUUUGAUAUCGGUAAUUAUUUGUAAAAGAUGAAUUUCUUAUUUAUUAGUGUGAUUUAUGAAAUCCCCCAUUUGAUAAUUUACCAAAUAUCCUGUUCAUUUUUCCAAGUAGUGGUGGCAAGUCUCCAGAUGUAAGUAACUUCGUAAGUAACAAAAGUUUGUGGGUGAAACAACCUUUGGAGAGAAAAAAAUAGCUUAUCUGGUGAAUCUGGAAAUGAUUAAAUCAACUGAACAGUGACCAAUUUGUUAUCAAAAAUUAAUUUCAAUACAGAAUAGUGAUAAGCCGCAUAUUGUGCUUGUGGUGUUUUCAAGGCAGUGAAACAAUUACAUUUUUUAAAUAGCUAACUAAUAAAUAAAUAUGUCACUGCUUCGUAAUUGUAUAUUUUGUAGGUUUUGUCUUCAAUGGAGUGUCACGUUGGUUUACCAUAUUUUAACUAAUCUUUUUGGCAGGGAUCUGAGGAGGGUCGGGGUGACCCUUGCUGGGCACCAGAAAAAGAUCAUCAACAGUAUCCAGGAGAUGCGGGUUCAGAUGAUGAAUGGUCAAGUGCAAAUCUGACCCAGCGGUCAGACCUGCGGUACCAGUAACCCAGCACUUUUUUUAUGAACAUGAACUGCAUUUAUUGUACGGGAAUAUUUAACAAAGGGAAAUGACUUCAUGCGUGCCGAGGAGAAAAAAAGGACUAUGUGUUCGUCUCUAACUCCUCCUACAUUUCUGACGUUCAGGAAGAGCAAGCAGUGUGUAGUAUGUAGCCAUUUUACAAGUGUGGCACACUCCUGGACCUGAAAGUAUUGCCACUUCAUCAGUCCUGACCGAAUGUACACUUGCUGAUCUCCUAGCUCAGUCACAGGUACUGUUGACAAGCAUUCACCAACCAUUUUUAGUGAUCAACCCCAACUUUGUAGAAGGGUCACUUAAAAUGAAAACUGAGGUGAACUUUAAGACUACCCUGUAUCAUGUAGCUAAAGCAAAUAACUACUGAGUUAUAGAUGCUUGCAAGACUUCUAUGUAAGCAGAUACGAUCACAAAAGCAAUCGACAAGUCCUGUUGUAUACAGGGAUGUUAAGGUCAUUGCGCACUUCCACACAUUUAACCAAAAUAAGACAAGAAGCAGUUUCUGUUAACAGCAGAAAUUAAGAGAACACUCUUUAUUUGUUCUUCCCAUUUGUGUGUGUGUGUGUGUCUGUGAGGGAGAGAGAGAGAGAGCCAUAGAGAGGUACUAAACAUUCAAUAAAUUAUUGUGGCUUUACAAAAGAAGAACAAAAAUAUAUUUUGAUGAAUUUCUCAGGCAGGUGGAGCUACCUGCACAGCACAUUUCCCUUCAUUAGCACCAAGUUCUAACCCCGUAUUCAAAUCACAGGGGUUGAAAAACCUUUCUCAGCGAACCAGGUGAAUAUAUCUGUGUCCAUUUUCCUUGCAGUGCUUUCACCCAGCUUAUCAUGGAUACUAAAAGGGUGCUUAUGUUUCUCUGGAGAAUCAUAGUCCACUUAGUAAGAACUACUGCACAUGGGUGCAGCAAACAUAUGUAGCUGUAGUAAUGACGUGAUCAUGUCAAUGGCUCACACCAAUGCAGGGCACUCUGUGGAGUUUAUAUUGUGUGAAUAGGUCAGCCACACCCUUACACACAUUAUUCCAUCCCAGAACAGCGUAGCAACUGCAAUCUGCACGCACCUGUGUGUUGUCACACAUAAAUGUAACUGCAUUGUAGAAGUGAGUGUGUUGUAUGGGGGUAAGACCGUUGUUUCUACAGCAUGAUGUGGAGGGGAAAAGUGGGAUGUAGAGAAUGCAGAUCAGAGACACCCAAAUCACAUAUAAUGUAGUGGGCUGGUGGCUGGUGUGUGGCCUUGCUGGCUGUGGUCAGUCAAGAGUGAAUAUGGUACACAUGCAAUUUGGCCGGUGUACCUGCCAUGUCCCUUAGAAUCCAAUUGGUCUUCUCUCUUUUACUGUAGUCAUGGCACCUAGAUUUCAUCAUAAUUGGCAUUGUAAUAUUUUUUUUUUAAUUUGAAAUUAUUAUUAUUAUUUAUUUGUACCCAUUACAGGUGCUGAAAAAUGUCCCUUGGCCCAAUUAUACUUCUGAAAAGCAUCAAGAAAGUGACAUUUGCUUUUGUACUUCGGUUAAUUGAUUAUUAGGCAAUGCAUCAUUGUGGAAAUUUUGAAGCCAAACUCAUUUUCUGAAUUUUAAUGCCUCUCAAAUAUGACUGUAUGGGUAUAUAGAGGCACAGUGUGAUGUAUUAUUUAGCUUCCUCUCCAAUAUCAAACAUUUUAUAUGUAAAUAAUGUAAAAUUUGCUAUGUGAACAUUUUUCUCCUGGUUUUUGAGGGGGAUUUCUUGGUUACUGAAUAAUGUGUGGUUGAACUACAUUAUGGUGUACAUACAAGAUGGUUAACGGAUGCCUAAUUAGCUUUUCGGAUUAAAAUGAAGAAUUUUACAGUCUGGUAUAUAUAAAUUCUGAUUGGUAUUCUGCUUUGAACAGGAUUCAAUUAUUUGUUCUGUAGUGUAUAUGAUUUGCACACUGUUGUAAUUGCUAGCUCUCAAUAGUAUAUCAAUGUGUAUUUUUAAUUAAUUGUCCCCAUUAUUGAACUGAAAUUAAUUUCCUCUUUUAAUUACUACCUGGAGAUUGUUGAUAGGGUAGGUUUUGUAUAGCUUAUUAACUGCAGGUGAUAUUUUGGUGUCCAAUUUUGGCAAAGCAGGGUAUUGUAUUUGGUCUUAAAUACGUGUCAAAUAAUUAUAUUGCUCUGAAAAUGUGGGUUUUGUUACCAUGUGCACCUAAAAAAUUUACUAGACUGAUUACGUUGUUAGGGUUAGGGUACUGGUGUACUGUUGACAAGAACAAGGACAAAUUUGCACUGAAAAGUACAGUACCAAUAUAGUUACUAGAAUUUUUUGUGCAAGACAAACUUGAAUUGUUAUUAUUUAAUAAUUUAUUGAACUUCAACUGGCAUCUUCAGACAGCAAUUGUCUUUUUUAUUUUUUAUUUUUAUCUGAAUUAAGUGAUUCACUUUUGAAUCAGAAUGUAUGUUUUCUUCAAAGAGCAGAACAGCUUUUUUUUUUUUUGCAUGAACAACAGUGAAUCAAUAUGCACAUUUCUGACUUCAGUAACAAGAUGUAUCUAACAUGCAUUUAAAUGCUGAAUUAUUUUAAGCAUAAUUCAAAAUAUCCAUUUAUCUGUACUGUAGUACUGCCACCACACAAAUAUUUCUAUUUGACAACAGAUUUUGAUGACAUAAAACUAUAUAGUAUGGGAUGGCUAAACAGUUAUCUGUAUGUAGAGCAUUUAUUUUAUCAUCAGGGAAAACUAAAUAAUAAUAAUAACAAUAAUAAUAAUAUACCUCUACUUAUGUUUAUGAUCCCAGCUAUAGAUUAUAAAAUGAAGUUCAGUACGUUACACUUUAAGAUAAAUUCAAUCAGGCAUUCUAUCCUUCAGUACUCAACUUGGACUAACAAAUAAAUGCACGUUUUUUUUUCACAUUACUUGUAAGCUCAUAUCAUGGCAAUUAUUGGUGCAAUGUUGGCCAAUAUCCAAGGCAGUAAAUAUUUCAGCAGAAAUAGCAGUUAAGGUAAUGUCUUGAUAUCUGAAACAUUCAGCCGUUAAAAUAUUGGAGCCGUGACGUUUCUUCAUAGUUCCUUUUACUGCAUGUUUAACACUUAUCUGCACUUAAGUGCUUGUAUCUUUCACCUUUGUCUUAUUUACUUGUACGUUUGUUAUCAUCUGAAGUCAUAAUAUGUAUGUGCACCAUGCAUAGACUAUUUCAUGAUAACAAAUUUAUCCAUAAAUUAUUUUCAGACGCCACUGUGCACUUCCAUUCAUUGGGUAUUUAAGGAUUUAUUACUUUUUUUUUUUAGCAUGUACUCAGUUUUUUAAAAGUGCCUCAUUUAUAUUAGUCUGAAAUUUAAGUUGCACUUAAUCAAAUUACCCUCUUCAGCUUUUAUGUGUAAUGAGUCAGAAAAAAAAAGAUUUGGAGGGAAAUCCAUUCAAAACUGGAAGAAAAUCAAAACGUCAGUAGUUUUCAAAAGGAUCACUGCCUUCAUUUAGGUUCAAAUUACUUUUGAAGGCAUUAUCCGUAAUCCUAUUUUAGAAUUUUAAAUUCCUUGAUAGCCUCACAGAAAAUGAUAUUUUAGCACACUUCAUGAGUAAAAGAAUAGUAAAGCUUUUGCAUACACGGUGAGUAACAUAAUACUACUGCUUUUGUAAAAGAAACUGUUAAAUACUUACAUUUCUAUUACAUAACACAAACCUUUUAAGUUGCACUUUACAGGUUGUACUUACUGUAUAUUUUAUUUCAUAUUUAAUAAUUUGGUUGUUUAAUUGUUGGUUUGAUUUAAUACUGUGAGUUGAUUGUUGUUGUGUCCUGUUAAUACUGUACAUUUCCCAGCCAGGAAAAUGUUCAAUUAAAGAAAUUAUCUAAGUGUGGUCAUUUGAGGUCAAUAAUGUUACGAUAAUGCAGUAAUGUAUGUUUACUAGACAUCAAAUAAACGUUCAAAAAAUGUAUAAAAGAGGAAGAAAUUGUGAUUAAGACCUAUUUAUGCAACUCCAAGUAAAGAGUUGCAUAAAUAACAGUUUUUAUUUUAACUAAAUGAGUCUUGCAUUCAGAUAUAGCUUAAUUUUAGCCACCUUUGUGAACCAGGGAAGUUUUUGCUCUUGUUGUGCAGUUACUUCGGAUAUUUGCAGCCAAAGCUGCCACAUAAAUUUGAGGAAAAUAUAUAAUUGGUGAAUGUACCGGUUGUGAACAAAGAUAAAUGGAAAUAAACGUAAACAUAGGUAUUCUGAUACAGGAGGGUUCCCUUGGCUCCGUAAAGGGGUGGAGUACAUUUUCCUGGCUUGGUUGUGGUGCAUUCAUAAAAACAAUGUACAUUCGAUAAUAGUACUGAGCGGUCAUUUUUUUCCCAUGUUGGAGCAUGCAUUUCCUGUAGAUAAUGAUAACAAUGCCUCAGGCUACAGAGCACAAGUACAGAGCACAAGCAGUCACCCAGUGACUUGAGGCGCAUGAUACUGAUGCCAUUCAUAUAUCACGGCCUUUUCAGUCACCAGAUCUGAACCCAAAUGAACAUGCGGUAUUAUGGGAUAUUCUGAAUGAAAGCAUAUUAUACAGGAUAUUAUUACAUUUGUAAUUUGCCUGAUUGACAGACAAGUCAUGUCAUAAUCCUCAUUCAGAAUUCCAGACACUUGUUACAAUGUUACAAUGCAUAGAGUCCUAUUAAGACAAUAAUAUGAAUAAUAAUCUCGAUAAACCUCAAAGACUUUUCUUAUAAUCACAGUUACAUUUUUUUAUGUAUGUAAAUGACUAAUCUCUGGCUAAAAGUAUAUAAUAAUCACUUAUCGCAUGUCCCACCAUCACAUAUUGAUUUUUUUUUUCCAGAUGAACAAAUUACUUUUGUUCAUUUGGAACAAUUAAAGUUAACAUUGCUGGCCUGGUGCAAAAAAUACAAAUAAUAAAGAAGUUUCAAGAAAAUUGAGAGUCAUAUUUGUUUCUGGAAAAGGGAAUGAAGGCUGGCAGUGUAUGGUUUCUCAUGGUUUUGGUUUAGGAAAUAGCACCGUAUCAAAUAAAAUGCUACAGAUUACUGUUAAAGGAAAAUUCCAGGCUAAACGUGUAGCAGUGAUGUGCAUUCAUUCCAGGGUUUAUUAUUUUUGUGUAAUAUAUUUUACUUUAUCGCUAUUCACAAUUUUUCACUUCCAAUCCUGUCAGUCUUCUCCUGGAUCUGCUCCAGUGUGUAAUUUUCCUACAUUACCCAGAACUACUUUUCCCACCCCACAUUGUCCUCCAGCCUGCUGUGCUUAUUCAUCUCCUCCUUUGCAAACAAAUAAGGCUCCAGCUCUAUCUCUUCAAAAAAAAUGCCAUGGCUAGCAAGCUAGUAGUAGUUAGCCAAAAGACUAGAAGCAAUGUCAAAGAUAGUGGCUACUCCCCCAAUCACCCUGUGAAGCUACAGUGUUGCAUUCUGGGCUAUUGAGGCUGCUAACACAGCAAAAAUCAGUUUGUCCUCUUGAUAAAUUAUUGAUUUGUCUUAGUAGAAGUAUUCGAGAAAGUUGAUUAGUGAGGAUUCAAGGCAAAAAAACCCAAGGUAUUGUCCCUAAGUUGUGAAACGAAUAUCUGAUCCUUAUAGUUGGUGCUAUUGUGGGUAAAAGACAUACUGUCAUAUUAAACUGCCCUGUGGAUGCUGUGGCAAUAUCACCGUGUGAUGUCACGUCAUCUACAGAACUUGAGUUUAGCUGUGGAAAGUACUACACAAAACAGAACAAUAGAACCUGGGGUGCGUUUUAUAGCACCAAUAUGAAAAUUCUAACAAGUGUUUUAGCCUGGAAUUUUCCUUGAAUGUUUGUUAUACUUAUGUAUAAAAAGCCAUCAUAUAUGUAACAUUAUGCACACAUGAAAGCAUGUAAAUCUGUACGGAAAUCAGUACUGAAUGAUGCUAAUUAUUUACACUGUUUUCGGAAUGGUUUGCCUGUUUUUUUCCCUACCUCGAGUCCCAGCGGAAUCUGAUAUGUGAUGGUUUCGGAUGAGUGUACAAGCAUUACUCAUCCAUAGGAAGCACAUUGGUGGUCAGACCCUCCUGAAUGUUUAAAUGUAGGGAUUAGUUUUCACAGUCUUAACGCUGCUGGUUAAGGUGUGUAGCAACUUGGCUUGUAACAUUUAAGAACUCAAUAAUAUAAAGUUGCAUCGGCAAACGUAUUAUUGUUAUUGCAAAUUAUUAAUGUCAAAUUCGGAAUAAGCACACAGGUAAGCCCUUCAGUUUAAUGUUAGUUUAUAUUUCUUUUCUUCUUUUUUUGUCAAGUAAUCCUAUUAGAGAAAGAUUAUAAGUGUCAUUUUAUCCAUAUUUAUUCUUUUUUUUCAUUUAGGUUUCCUCACUCUUCUGCAGAAGACAUUUUCCUAGAUUCAGUCAAAUGCAUUUAGCUACUUAAAGGGCAUCCAGUUCAACCAAACAACCGGUACAUGUCAUGUGGCAGGUGGUCGCAUUGGCUAAGUCGCAUUUUCAUCAUAGAUUUUCACUACAGCACUACAAUACCUUACAACAUAGCAAGGUUGUUAGAUGUUGGUAUAGCAUCCAUGGUAGGUCAUCAAUAACACUGUGCACUUGAUUGAGUUACCAAUAUAGAUUAAAUGCAGAAGUAUAUUUACAGUUUCCAAAAAUGAUGCUCACUAGCUACAGUUUAUUUACUAAUUAGUUAUAUUUUGUGUUGAUAAACUGAUUUCUAUCUUGUGAUUAAAUACAGAUAAUAUUAUGAAAGGCAUUUGAUUCCUACUCUGUAUUGUGUUUUCUUCAAGGUCAUAAUAUAUUGAAUUGGUCAUUUUAAAGACAAAUACAAUUGACACAAACAAAUAAGUAUUAUAUGAACAAUGCUGUCAGUGAAUUAUACUAAUACUGCUGCUGCCUUCAUUGAAUCUUUCAUUUUCUUAUCACCCACUGUCAUUUUCUUCUGGAUUUAAUGACACAAAUCGCACCACCAAUUAUUCCCGUUAGAAUUUGAAUUUAAUUUCUAAUUAGAAUUGAGCUGCACCAUAACACAUCAUAACCCCCAUAAAAGCAAUCCAACCAUUCUCUCCCUUUCACACCCAAGUGCUAGGAAAUGUAUGAAUGGAAUAUCAAUCGCGGGAGUUUUUUUUUUUUCUUCUUCUUCUCUUUCUCUUUCCUCUCUGUCUUUUCUUUGGAACAAAACACCUAUUUUGCUUGAAUUACUUUUUCAGUGGACAAUUGAAACAAAUGUUCACAUAGGUCCAUGGAGUCCAAUACGAUCCGGUCCAUAGAGUUAAGCAAAGGGUACAUGUGUAUUACAUUUGUGCUCAUUUCAAAGAUUGCUAACAGUCUAAAGAACGCUGAAGUGAGAUUGUUUUUGAUGGUGAACUGAACUCGCUGUAUUAUAUACACCAUGACAAGUACAUUCGUUUUUGAUAGGCCACGACAAUUCUUUCUGAAAUGUUUUGCAUCUUAAAAUAAGACAAAUUGUAAGAGCAUAGAAGUGUAUAGCUGUUGUAUUUGUUUGUCUACUUCCUGAUACUGUAUGUGUAUUUUGGUUGUGUACAUGUUUUUUGUAGUGUAAGAUAAAAAAAUUUAUUUUUGUAAAAAAAAUAAAAAUUAAAAA